AUGACUGCUAACAGAAGGAGAAGGAGUGGUGGUGUUGAUGACAUCGCGGAGGCGAUUCACUGGAUGGUGGAUGCGAUGCAGCCACCUGUAGCGGCACAACCUAGGACGGUGGUCGCACCAGUUAGGGUGCCAACUGUGGAGGAUUUUCUACGCCACCAGCCAGCUGAGUUCAUUGGCAAGGCUUCCCCCGAUGAAGCGGAUGCAUGGCUCCGCAAGUGUGAGAAAAUCUUCAAAGUGAUGAACUGCGAAGAUGAACAGAAAUUGUUGUUCGCUGCGUACCUGCUGAAUGGGGAUGCUGAAUACUGGUGGGCAGGCAUGCAACAACAGAUGGAGAAUAGUGAAGAGCCAGUGACUUGGGCCAACUUUAGAGCUCGUUUCCUGGAGAAGUACUUUCCAGAUACGGCGAGACAGGACAAAGAGGCUGAAUUCCUAGCAUUGCAGCAGGGAGACAUGACAAUGCAGGAGUAUGUGAAUAGAUUCGAGCACUUGGCGAGACUUGAGCUGAAGAGGGUGGUAACCCUUCUGAGAGAGAGGAGAUUUCCCAUCUUGGUGGAGCAGGCCAAGAGUGCUGAGAGUCUUGAGAAGGGCCCUGGUCCUAUUGUGAGCCGACAUCAUAAGAAUGUUGUGGAGGCUAGGCAGAUGAAAAAGUCAUACAAUCGACCACAGACAUCUCAGGGUCCAGUUGCUACCAGUGUGGCGGACCCCACCUGA